CAAGCCUACUAAAUGAUAAAAGGGACUUGUGCCUACUGAACUUGUGCGGCACUGUAGUGAGCACCCUGGCCCUGGAUACACAGAGGAAGUUGAUAGUAGCCUUGCACGACGAUGCUCGCAGCGAUACUUCAGCUGAAUUCUUGUCCCUUAUCUUUUGCAGAGAUAUACAUAUAUUCCAGUAGAGAUGAAAUAUUGUAAAGUUCUUCGUCUUUUCGCCAACAAAGUAAAUAGAUUCGACGAAACAAACCAAUAAACAUUGACACGCUAAAGUUCAAUAUUUUAUUUUAUUUAUUUACAAAAAGUAGUUCUCUCACGUGUUUUUAUGAUGAGUGGGAAUUAUGAAGAUACGGAGCUCAAGGAUCUCGAUCUUACCGGCAUAAUUUCAUUCGAUGGGAUCACAAGAAAUAGUUUACAUGUGCAUCCUGACCAAGAACAUCUGUUGUUUCCUAUGGGAAAUAAAGUUACUAUCAAGAGCAUAGCCUCUGGCACUCAAUCUUUUCUAUCUGGACAUACGAACUUGAUAUCAGCCCUAUGUUUAUCCCCGUGUGGAAAAUUCAUAGCUUCAGGUCAAAUAAAUCAUUUGGGAUUUAAGGCAAUGGUUAUUAUAUGGAACUACCACGAAAAGAAAAUGAAAAGUAGUCAUGAAAUUCAUCAAGUCAGAGUGGAAGACUUGUGUUUCUCAUGCGAAAGUAAUUACUUGAUUAGUCUUGGAGGACGAGACGACGGAAACGUCGUCAUCUGGGAUGUUCAUAAUGAUGAAGCAAUAUGCGGAUCGUAUGCAAGUACAGAAAUAUCUGGCAGUGCCUGGACUAUCAGAAGAACAAACAUGCGUGACCAAUGUUUCAUCAGUGGAGGUGAAAAUACUUUGAAAGUCUGGAGAAUGAAUCCAGAAACGCGUAAACUUUAUGGGAUGAAUGUAAAAGUUGGUAAAAUAAAACGCAGUAUUAAUUGCGUUGUAAUAAACAAUAGGGACGAAGUAGCUUAUUGUGGAACUGCCUCAGGCGACAUCAUAAAAGCAAGAUUAAAUUAUUAUCAUAACAUGGAGCAUAUGGAACCUGUACAAUCUCCAAUAAUGAUUGGUUGUUACUCCAAGAUUCCCAAAGAUCCAAGGAAAAUGAAAACGGGAAUGGGAGAUCUUUAUCCGGGAGGUGUAAAAACACUUUUACUCUUGGACGAUGAAAAAAUACUAGUAGGCUCUGGAGGUGGAAAUAUUGAACUUAUUAAAAUCGUUGACAUUCCUAUAAAUUUUAAUAAAGGUGUCAAACUCCCGAGUACACCGCAGAUUCAAACGCUUCGAUCAGAACAUGUUGGUGCCACAGUAUCGUCAAUGGUUCGAUACAAAACUGAAUACGUUCUCAUUGGAACUUCUUCAUGUGAGAUUUACCAGAUAAAAUUGAAGAAUUUCGACAUGCGUCUCCUAGUUACUUGCCAUACCAACACGAUAUAUGGAAUUUCUUUUCCUCAAAAUUACUCAGAAAUAUUUGCCACAGGAAGCAAAAACGAUAUCAGAUUAUGGAGAGUUGAAACCCGAAAAGAAUUGCUCAGAAUCACUGUACCAAAUUUUGUGUGUUCGAAUUUGUACUUCUCUUAUGAUGGGACAAUGAUUAUAUCUGCAUGGAAUGAUGGUGUCAUCAGAGCAUUCACUCCACAGACAGGAAGAUUACUUUUUGCAAUUUGCAAUGCUCACCUCAAAGCCGUAUCGGCUGUUGUGAUUACGAAAGAUGGGAAAACAGUUGUUAGCGCCGGAUCUGAUGGACAAGUGCGAAUUUGGAAUAUAAAGCCUGAUGUUCAAAGACUGGUAUGUGUUUUAAAAGAGCAUAGAGGACCAGUGACAUCCUUAUACAUUGCUAGUAACGACAAAGAAGUGAUAAGUUCAAGUAUUGAUGGAACGUGCAUUAUAUGGGACAUUGGACAAUGUGCACGAAAGCAAGUCCUGGUGGGGAAUACAAUGUAUAUGGCAGCAAUUUUCAGUCCCAACAACUUCCAGGUUAUAACCUGCGGAACGGACCGAAAAAUAGCCUACUGGGAAAUCUUGAACGGUUCUCUAAUACGAGAACUUGAAGGUUCUGGCAUAGGAGCUCUGAACUGUGUAGACAUCAGUCCAGAUUGUCAAUAUUUCGUUACCGGUUCAAAUGACAGCAUCGUUAAACUUUGGCAUUAUCAAACUGGCGAAAUCACUCACAUUGGAUUGGGCCACGCCGCUAUAAUAACUGGAAUAAAAUUUAGUCCCGAUGCCAAAAAUAUUGUGUCCGUGAGUGCUGAUGGAGCAAUUAUGAUCUGGAAAUGUCCCUUUGAAUUGAAAAUGGAGGAGACGUCGAGAGAAAGUUGUCGGUCGAAGUCUACAUGUAGCAUUCGUGAACAAGAAUGGAAUAAUUUACGGUUAGAAAAAUUGGAUGAUCAGGAAAAUAUUGCAAAACUCACACCAUGUUCCGAAUCUGCCAAAAGCGUUAAAGCUAUCCACGAGGGUAACAAUAUUAUUUCCCCAAAUCCCUCGCAAUUUUCUACAAGUUCCUCGCACUCAUACACGAGCAAACAUUCUUCAAACCGUUGUAAAAGUGAUUCUAAUAAGAAAAUAGUCUACGAACCCAUACAAUCCUGCAAUAAAGCAAAAUGCAAUCCUAUACAGAUAUGCCAAUCGGCAGAUAUGAAAUGUAACCCCAAUUCACCGUGUGUUAGUGUCGCUUCAAAGAUUUCCUCCAGGUUGGAAGAAACUCGAACAAAGUCACUCAAAUCUGUCAAAUGCGAAAUGGUUUUAGCCAGUCCCUGUCCGCGAAAAUGAUCCAUAAAAUUUUCCACUCAAAACUAUUGCUUUUUGCUAUAAAUGGCACCACGGAAAUGCUUUCUUA